AUGAGCGCUCAACGACCAGUAAGAGCCCCUAUACCAACCCGUAACCCAGCGGAGAACUUCUUCAGGCCGCCGCGAAAAGCGCCAUGGUCCUUCUACGCCAUCGCAUGCGCUGUGGGUUUCACCAUCGGGGCAUCACUGGAGUUUGGGAUGAUUAAGAGUGGUUAUUACGACAUUAUGCGUUACUCAGAAGCACGGAAAACGGCAACAGAGCGUAUGGAGCUUGAAUCGGCGCUGAAGCAGCUGGAGGAGUUGGAGCGGGAGGGGAAGGCACGAAAUUCCACGCCUGCGGUUUAA